AUGCGUGCUAUUUUUGUUCUGUUAACUGUGGGAUUAGCUGCUGUUGCAGCAUCUCCUACAAGAAAUGCAGAAAGGAUCGUUGGUGGGUCGAUUACAAACAUCGGCACGUACCCUAUGGCCGUCGCACUGAUACGAUCUGCGACUGGAUCAGGCACCUUCUCACAGGCCUGCGGUGGCAGCAUCCUCAACAAUAGAUCAGUCCUCACUGCAGCUCAUUGCAUACACGGCGUCCAAACAAACAGAUGGAGAUCUCGUGUAGGCUCCACCAAUGCAAACAGCGGUGGCGUGGUCCACCACUCACACCAGUUCAUCCAUCAUCCCCAGUACGUCAGAGCAACCGCCGACAACGACGUCAGCAUCAUCCGUCUCUCCUCACACAUCAGUUUCAACAAUAAUGUGCGCGCUGGCAGCAUCGCCGGUCCCAACUUGCACACACCUGACGGCGCCAGCGUCUGGGCCAUCGGAUGGGGACGCACAAGCUCUGGAGGCUCUUCAUCGGAACAGCUUCGCCAUGUCCAAAUCUGGGUAGUCAACCAAACUGUCUGCAGAAACAACUAUCAGCGCAUCCGAAGAACUAUCACUGACAACAUGUUAUGCUCGGGCUGGAUCAAUGUCGGAGGUCGCGACCAGUGCCAGGGUGACUCCGGUGGCCCUCUGUUCCACAACAACGUCAUUGUCGGCGUUUGCUCUUGGGGUGAAGGCUGCGCCCUCCCCGACUUCCCCGGCGUCAACGUCCGCGUCUCCCGCGUCAGUAACUGGAUCCGAAACAAUGCGUAAUUUAAUUUCAAGAUUGUCCUAUGCCUGACCAGAAAAAUAAGAAUAUCGCCGUAUGGAAAAAACAUAUUUUUACUAACUUACUAAUCACAGCUACACAAGCUUU